AUGGAUAAAACAUUAGAAGAAUUACGUAAACAAGUAGCAGCUAAAAGAGCUGAAGAAGAUAAUAAGAAAGAAGAAAUUAUUGUUAAAUCUCUUCCUCAACCAAAUCAUGUUGCUAAUCUUGAAGAGAAACUAAUUAUCGAUUGGUUUAGUAGAUUUGGAAUUGAAGUUGGUGAUUUUAAAACUUCAUUUAAUGAUGGUCUUCUUAUUUGUCAAGUUAUUGACAAAAUUAAACCCGGCGUUAUUAAUUGGUCAAUGUAUGCUCGCCCAAAGAAUGGAAGAACUUUAAAUAUUUUCCAAAGAAGAACUAACUGUACUGUAUUAGUUGAAACUGUACAAACACUUGGAUUAACUAAUACCGGUAUUGGAUCUCAAGACAUUACUGACGGUAAUGUAAAAAUGUUGAUGGGAUUCUUUAGAGCUUUAAUGGUUUGGGAGACUUCAUUAAAGAAAUCUUUAUUAGCAUAA